ACACGACAUUUAAUAGACGCAUCACAUGCUUCACGCGUAUGUGCUACAAUGGUAUCUUGGAAAAUAUGGGGAAGGUUGUUAAUUAUGCAGAGUUCUUUCACGUGCAUUACUUUAAUAAACUGCAUUAGUCUGCUACAGUUUUCUGGAACGGAAAAAACGAACAAUGAAGGUAGCGAAGAUUUUUCAGAAGGACAACUUCUGUCUGACCACAAGGGAUAUUUUGUGCCUUUAGCUGAUGUCAGUGACAACACCGGAGUUUCAGGGCAGCUACUCAGUUCUUCUGAAGCAGCCUGGGAUGCCAUGUCUCCAAAGUUGAGGUGUGGUAACGAUCUUGUGAAGUUGCAACUCAGUGGUCCAGAAGUAGCAAAUGUUGAACUCUGUCGAGGUAAUGGGGAUCCUGUUCCACUCACUCAGUUGCCACCUCACUGUGGACACACUGCACUUGAUUAUGCAGGUCUGCUCUAUGCUACUCCUUAUGAUGGAUGUGGUGUUGCACAACAGGGAGAGCAUUAUGUGUUGCAGAUACAGUGGCAGGGGAACUCUGCAGUCAUUUCUUGUCCUAUGACCUCUACCACUGCAAAUGAAACCUUCCUGGGACCGCAUCCUCCUAAAUUUCUGAACAUUCUUCUGCCUCCCUUCUCUCCUGAUACACAAAGUCCAGAAGCACCUCCAAUGCCACAACUGUCUGAUACUGAAACCCAGAAACCACCACCUCCUGGUUACCCUCAAGUGUAUCCGCAAGGGUUUUGGCCUUUCCCUCAUUAUCUUUAUCCUGGAAGGGUUUAUUCUAUAGCCAAGCAAACUGGGAAACUUGUUACAACUCCCCAAACACCAACUGAAGAGCCUCAGCCUCCCAAAUACCCCCAGGUGUCUUGGCCUUAUCCUGGUUACCCUUCUGGUGACCAGAAACAUGGUCCAGCCUCUGGCUCUAAAACUGAAUCCGAUGCACCAGCUGAAAAGCCUUAUCCUCUCAAAUACCCCCCCGGGUCUUGGCCUCAUCCUGGUUACCCUUCUGGUGACCAGAAACCUGGUCCAGCCUCUGGCUCUAAAACUGAAUCUGAUGCACCAGCUGAAAAGCCUUAUCCUCUCAAAUACCCCCCCGGGUCUUGGCAUUAUCCUGGUUACCCUUCUGGUGACCAGAAACCUGGUCCAGCCUCUGGCUCUAAAACUGAAUCCGAUGCACCAGCUGAAAAGCCUUAUCCUCUCAAAUACCCCCCUGGGUCUUGGCCUCAUCCUGGUUACCCUUCUGGUGACCAGAAACCUGGUCCAGCUUCUGGCUCUAAAACCGAAUCCGAUGCACCAGCUGAAAAGCCUUAUCCUCCCAAAUACCCCCAGGGGUCUUGGCAUUAUCCUGGUUACCCUUCUGGUGACCAGAAACCUGGUCCAGCCUCUGGCUCUAAAACUGAAUCUGAUGCACCAGCUGAAAAGCCUUAUCCUCCCAAAUACCCCCAGGGGUCUUGGCAUUAUCCUGGUUACCCUUCUGGUGACCAGAAACCUGGUCCAGUCUCUGGCUCUAAAACUGAAUCCGAUGCACCAGUGGAUAAGCCUUAUCCUCCCAAAUACCCCCCCGGGUCUUGGCAUUAUCCUGGUUACCCUUCUGGUGACCAGAAACCUGGUCCAGCCUCUGGCUCUAAAACUGAAUCUGAUGCACCAGCUGAAAAGCCUUAUCCUCUCAAAUACCCCCCCGGGUCUUGGCAUUAUCCUGGUUACCCUUCUGGUGACCAGAAACCUGGUCCAGCCUCUGGCUCUAAAACUGAAUCUGAUGCACCAGCUGAAAAGCCUUAUCCUCCCAAAUACCCCCAGGGGUCUUGGCAUUAUCCUGGUUACCCUUCUGGUGACCAGAAACCUGGUCCAGUCUCUGGCUCUAAAACUGAAUCCAAUGCACCAGUGGAUAAGCCUUAUCCUCCCAAAUACCCCCCCGGGUCUUGGCAUUAUCCUGGUUACCCUUCUGGUGACCAGAAACCUGGUCCAGCCUCUGGCUCUAAAACUGAAUCCGAUGCACCAGCUGAAAAGCCUUAUCCUCUCAAAUACCCCCCUGGGUCUUGGCCUCAUCCUGGUUACCCUUCUGGUGACCAGAAACCUGGUCCAGCUUCUGGCUCUAAAACCGAAUCCGAUGCACCAGCUGAAAAGCCUUAUCCUCUCAAAUACCCUCCCGGGUCUUGGCCUCAUCCUGGUUACCCUUCUGGGGACCAGAGACCUGGUCCAGCCUCUGGCUCUAAAACUGAAUCGGAUGCACCAGUGGAUAAGCCUUAUCCUCUCAAAUACCCUCCCGAGUCUUGGCCUCGUCCUGGUUACCCUUCUGGUGACCAGAAACCUGGUCCAGCCUCUGGCUCUAAAACUGAAUCUGAUGCACCAGCUGAAAAGCCUUAUCCUCCCAAAUACCCCCAGGGGUCUUGGCAUUAUCCUGGUUACCCUUCUGGUGACCAGAAACCUGGUCCAGCCUCUGGCUCUAAAACUGAAUCGGAUGCACCAGUGGAUAAGCCUUAUCCUCUCAAAUACCCUCCCGGGUCUUGGCCUCGUCCUGGUUACCCUUCUGGUGACCAGAAACCUGGUCCAGCCUCUGGCUCUAAAACUGAAUCUGAUGCACCAGCUGAAAAGCCUUAUCCUCUCAAAUACCCUCCCGGGUCUUGGCCUCGUCCUGGUUACCCUUCUGGUGACCAGAAACCUGGUCCAGCCUCUGGCUCUAAAACCGAAUCCGGCGCACCAGCUGAAAAGCCUUAUCCUCUCAAAUACCCCCCUGGGUUUUGGCCUCAUCCUGGUUACUCUUAUGACCCUGUCAGGCCAAAGCCCAUAGAUAAACCAGCUUCAGCCAUCCCCACUGCUCCCCAAUCAGGCUUGCCAGCAGCAACCCAGAUUCUGCACCCCUCAGAAUACCCUGGACGUCUGUUCCCUCCGUAUAGUGCUUACCCUGAUUAUCAUCUUUAUUUGCAAAAGUUUUUUCCACGAUACCCAGUCAUGCCUCUCAAAACGCCUACAGCGCCAUCUAUAACCCCCACUCCUCGACUCUGUCCUACAACUGUAGCUGUUGAAUGCAAACCCAAUGCCAACUAGGUGCCCAAUAUGUCACCCGAACAAUUAUACCUCCCAUUUCUAUACUUAUGAAAAAUUCCUUCAUGCUUCAGUUUGUGGACUUGUCCCAUGAAGUUUUGUUAUGAGGACUGAGGCAGAUGCUUGAAAUUAGACUGGUAAUGUGCUGCAUGUGGCUUCCUUUUGAAUUUAAUGCGAAUACUGCAAAGUGAUUCCUGCUCAUGAACGUGCUGGUUUUCUUUUUGUCAUAAUUGUCUUAAACCAUUCAAUAAAUCAAAUGUGCUCAUG